UGGGGUUCUUAGAAGUGGUGAUGCAAGGAGUUUCUAGGAAAGCCCGGAGACCAGGUUUGAAAGAAACUUUUGGACUGUGAAUUGAGGCAUUGGGUAUGUAAAUUUAAAUUUUGUGCUUCCCUCCCCGCUUCCCUUUAAAGUGUUGAAUGAAAUGUUUCAUUAGACCCAGCUGGGAGUUGUUUUCAGGAGAGCAGCUGCUCUGUGGAAAAUGCUGUACGUUUGCAUGCCGCUGGGGAAGGAGGAGGAGACAGGGCUGCGGGAAGGGGCUGGUCACUGGGGAGCGUGCUGCUGAAAACGCACGAUCCAGCCCAAACCUGAGGCAGGGGGGGAUGCAGACUGCCCUGAGAGGCCGGUGGCAGGGACGUCUCUGAGAUGGGUCAAUGGGUGUCGUGCUAGGAGAAGGCUUUGUGUGCCUUGACUAACCCAAGCCUUCCUCGCUGGGACGGACCGGGCCGCGGUGUGGGUAGCAGCCUGGCAGGUUGGAUGGGUUCUGCUCCUCGCUGCCACCAUCCAUCCAUUGGGAAACCAUGGACAGGUCUUCUCCAGGGUGGCCACCUGAUAGCAAGGAAGUAGUUCAGUGGUGGGUGAGGGUUGGUGAAAUCAGUCAGCUCCAGCUGGGACCUCUGAGGCCUGUUUUGGUUCCGUGGCUGGGUUUGCAGCCAGCAGCUGAGGCGGGUGGCUGCCCCGGAAGGAUCUGAAGGCUGGCAAGCUGUGCUGGGAGCUUCUUGGGGAUGAACCUGAGGAGCAGUGGUGGUGGUGGGAGGAGUGGGCUGGGGUGGAGCCGCCAUGGGCGAGGCGAGGAGAAAGAAGAGCCGGUUAGCUAAUCCUCAGGAGGGUCUGGUCGCCUUCGCUCGCCAGCUGGCUGGGUGGGACUGAGGCAUGCCAGGUCUUGCUGUUGGCCAAGAGACCUCACCAGGAGACCUGGCAGGCACUUGCCAUGGUGUGGGGCUGUUUGUCCCAGCACCGAGGAGCUGAUGCCAUCCCGUCCUGGCCACCUGAAGGCAUCCCAGAGCAGCAGCUGCCUCCCCGCUGAGGUUAGGUGCUCUCCUGGCUGCGUCUCCAUUCCCGUCCUUCUCCCGCUUGUGUUUCGGGCAGACUCAAGAUGGCCUCGCCGGCAGACAGCUGCAUCCAGUUCACCCGCCACGCGAGUGAUGUCCUCCUCAAUCUCAACCGCCUUAGAAGCCGGGAUAUCCUGACUGACGUCGUCAUCAUUGUGAACCGGGAGCAGUUCAGAGCCCACAAAACAGUCCUGAUGGCCUGCAGUGGCCUCUUCUACAGCAUCUUCACUGACCAGCUCAAGUGCAACUUGAAUGUCAUCAACCUAGACCCUGAAAUUAACCCCGAGGGGUUUUGCAUCCUCUUAGACUUCAUGUACACAUCCCGCCUGAACCUGCGGGAGAACAAUAUCAUGGCUGUGAUGGCCACAGCGCUGUACCUGCAGAUGGAGCACGUGGUUGAUACUUGCCGAAGGUUUGUCAAAUCUAGUGAAGCUGAGAUGGUGUCUGCUGUGAAGACCCCAAGGGAAGAGUUUUUGGCUGGCCGGAUGCUGAGCCACCCAGAGGUGAUGGCUUAUCGGAGCAGAGACGUCUCGGAGAACAGCAUGCCUCUCCAGAACGGGUCCCUCUGCAACGGGAGGGCUUUUGCACCUGGCUUGUUCAACAGUUUGUCUGGAUCCUCCAUUCCCUACCCCGGGUACAGCCCUCUCCCUCUAAAUGGCUUCCUUGUGGAUGACGAAUUGCGGGAGAUGAGGAUGCCUCUCUCCGAAGUCUCGAGGGCAGGUGCCUUCCCCAAGGAGAGGAUCCUGCCGUGCGACAGCUCCAGGACGAUCCCCACCGAGUACAUGAGAACCAUCACCGACAUCUCAGCCAACAUGUGCCACGCCACCAUCUAUGCUCCGAAAGAAGGCGCUGCUGAAGAAGCCAGGAGCGACAUGCACUACGGCGUAGCCUCUGGCCCCAAACCUGUCGUCCCCUCGAUCCGGAACAAUCCCUACUUCUCUUGCGACAAAGUGGCCAAAGAGGAGGAGCGGACCUCUUCAGAGGAUGAGAUCAGCCAGCACUUUGAGCCCACCAACACCCCCCUGGACCGCAAGGGACUUAUCAGCCCCCAGAGCCCCCAGAAGUCAGACUGUCAGCCCAACUCGCCGACCGAGUCCAGCAGCAGCAAGAACGCCCGCAUCAGUCAGAACUCCAACUCCCUCUUCACCAAGAGCCCCACGGACCCCAAAGCCUGCAACUGGAAGAAGUACAAGUUCAUCGUCCUCAACUCUCUGAAUCAGAGCACCAAGCAAGACAGUGCUGACCAGAAUGAGAUGGGAACCCUCUCUCCUCGCACCUACAUGCCCAUGUCCACCUGCCAGCAGUCCAUGGAACCGGAGCAUCUCAACGUGCAAUCCCCCACCAAGAUGAGUGUGAACGGAGAAGACUCCAAUAUCCCCCAAGCGAGCAGACUCAACAACAUCGUUAACAGGUCCCGGGAUGGGUCCCCUCGGAGCAGCGAAGGACAGUCCCCGCUGUACAUGCAUUCGUCCAAGUGCAGCUCCUGCGGCUGCCAGUCCCCGCAACAUGCUGAGAUGUGCCUUCAUACCCCUGGCUCAGCCUUUGGAGAGGAGAUGGGGGAAACCCAAUCUGAAUACUCUGACUCCAGCUGCGAGAACGGAGCCUUCUUCUGCAACGAGUGCGACUGCCGGUUCUCCGAGGAGGCCUCCCUCAAGAGACACUCUCUGCAAGUCCACAGCGACAAGCCCUACAAGUGUGACCGCUGCCAGGCCUCCUUCCGCUACAAGGGGAACCUCGCCAGCCACAAAACCGUCCACACAGGAGAAAAACCGUACCGCUGCAACAUCUGCGGGGCACAGUUCAACCGGCCGGCCAACCUGAAAACCCACACACGCAUCCACUCCGGAGAGAAACCCUACAAGUGCGAGACCUGUGGGGCCAGAUUCGUCCAGGUGGCCCACCUCCGUGCUCACGUGCUCAUCCACACUGGGGAGAAGCCGUACCCCUGCGAGAUCUGCGGCACGCGCUUCCGGCACCUGCAGACCCUCAAAAGCCACCUUCGAAUCCACACGGGAGAGAAACCGUACCAUUGUGAGAAGUGCAACCUGCACUUCCGCCACAAAAGCCAGCUGCGGCUCCACCUGCGGCAGAAGCACGGGGCCAUCACCAACACCAAGGUGCAGUACCGCAUCUCGGCGAGCGAGGUGCCUCCGGAGCUCCCCAAGGCUUGCUGAAGGCCGAGGAUUUCCCAGGAGGAGGUCAGGGGGAAGCUGUCCAAAGGAUACUUGCAACACUUUAAAAGAGGAGAGGAAUUAAAAAAAAAAAAAAAAAAUUCAUCACAUGAUGGAGUGCCUCUAAACCCAUAGUGCAGAUAGGUGGAAAAACAUUAGAAACAAAACAAAACAAAAAAAAAUACACGGGUUUUAUUUUUCCCAGUUAUGUGAAACUAAAAGAAAGAUAAAGUUAUUCAGAUCUUAUUGUAUAUAAAACAUAAAAAUAAAAAUAGUCAUUUUAAAUGUCUGUGCAGUGGAGUGUUAAUAAACUCUGGAGUCUAACCUUCACAGCCUUUGCCGUUUGAAGAUGAGGAAUGUAAUGUUGAUUUAUGGGAACAGAUUUUUUCUUUUGUAUGCAAAAUGUGUGUUCUUUUAAAGAGAAAGUAUGCUAUUAAAGAGAGGGCUUUAACUUUUUUAACCAAAGGUGAAGGAAUCUAUGGCAGAGUUGUAAAUAUAUAUAGAUAUAAAUAUAUAAAUAUAUAUAUAAAAUAAAUAUAUAUAGACCUUUAAAAAAGCUAUAUUAAAAAUAUAUAAAAUGCAUUAAAGGCUCAGUUGGACUCUGCAGGCAGAAGCCACUCUGAGAAUCUUUAUUAUGAUAGAGCACUUAACGAGAUAUUUUAAAGUAUUGCAUCUGUACAAGUAAGAAAAUAUUUUGUCUAAAUGCAUCAGUGUAUUUGUAUUUUUUUGCAAGUGAAGGUUUACAAUUUACAAAAAAAAGUGUGUAUUAAACCAACAAAGCUGCAGAAGGAAUUUAAAAUAAUAAUAAAGUGUAAUUUUUUUUGUUCUAGUUCUCAGUCUGUAUAUAUGUAAAAUGUGGUUUCGCACGGUGCCUUUCUUUUCAAUGGAAGUUUUCAAUGUAUGGACUAUAUUGAGCUCAGUUUCUUCUUCAAGGUACAGCCUGAUGUUGCAAAAGGAGUUUUGGUGGAACUCUCUAUCGGGGAAUGUUUUUUUUUUGUUUGUUUUGUUUGUUGUUUUUUUUUUUUUCAGUCUUAUUUUACAUGCUUGUGUUAUAAACAAUCUCGGGAGACAGGGUUUGGGCUGUGUCUAAACUGCAUUAAUGCGUUCUGUAAAAUAUAGCUGUACAAAUAAAAGAAUAAAACGAAGAAAAGUGAA